AUGUCAGACAACGUCGGCCUCAGCACGCCGCGAGGCAGCGGAACGUCGGGAUAUGUGCAGCGCAAUCUCGCGCACAUUAAACCCCGCGAUUACGGUGCCCCGUACCCUUCAGACCUCGACAGUCUGCGCCACAAGCAGCGGCAGCCCGACAAGGGCAUUCUCGAGCACGACCGCAAGCGGCAGAUCGAGGUCAAGGUGUUUGAGUUGAGAGAUGAACUGGAAGAGAAGGAGAUCGACGAGGAUGAGAUUGACCGUCGGUGCGACGAGCUGAGGCAGAAACUGACGGCAGAAUCCGAAUCCGGCAACAAGAACGGGGGUCCAAGAAGGCAAUUCAAAGUGCACCAGGUGCACGAAAUGGCCGACGCCAAGAUCAAGGAGAGCGAGCGACUUCGAAAGGCGCUGAAGAUCAGUUCCGACUACGAAGAAGGAAGCCACUGGAAGCGACAGGACGAGGGAUCAAAAACCGGGUCGGAUAAGGAAGAAAGCGAAGGAAAGACCCAGGAGGAGCAUGGUAGAAACGCAGCGCCCACGGCAUGA